CCCUCCUGAACCUGUUGUUCCAUCAUCGACCAUACUUUCAAGUGAUCCGUGUUUACGUCCAUUCUUAUUUCGCCUUUUUCAUUACGAGGAUGCAAAUCAUCCCCAGCUUCUUCAAACGCAAACGGAGUAUGCACCAGGUCUGUUACCACUGGGAGAUCAUAUUAGUUUAUCUCAAAUGUAUGUUUGCAUAAACUGCGGGGCUGAAUGUAGCGAGCUUUUCCGAAGAUACUGUCCCAGCGUUCUUAAGAUAUUGAAAUGUGAGAGGUGCGGUUUAACGGCUGACAAGUACAUCGAAUACGAUCCAGUGGUAGUUUUCGUAGAUCUCGUGCUCAUAGAGAAACCGGCUUACAGGCAUCUCUUGUACAACAGCAAUUUCAAGGCAUAUUGGAAGCUAGGGAUAAUACUAUGGUUGGCCGAAUCCAUGAGGGCCUGGUCUUCCUGCAGCAUGAGCGACACGGGAUCGAUCGCAUUGGGGGCGAAUCUGGUCUACGACGAUACGCUGCAGGGCCGCUGCAACUUUUACAGUUUGCUGAUACACACGGCGCUCGCCUUCGCGGCAUUCGUUUUAACAGUUAUUGCGACGACUGAAUUAAGGUGGUUCGCCGUUGGUGGAAGACCAUUCAAGUACAGCCUGAAGGAUUUGACUCGCGCUCUAAUUGUCGGUGGCUGCGGUAAAUUACUGGGAUUGCUCGGGAUAGCGUGGCGGCACAUAGCUUCGGGUCCAUGUUACCUUCUCAUCCAAGGUUACACCGUUUUAUGUCUGUUAAUGGCGUACUCGGUCGUCUGCAAAAGUGGAAAGGGAGGCUCGUUGAUUGGAUUAAUUGCUGGAUUUCUGCUGUACGGUUACAUAUGUACUUCUGCGUCUACAUUGCACCUAGUUAUUUCCAAUGUCACGUUAACGUGAGGCGCGGCCUGGUAAUAACGCCACGCUGUUCCCGACACUGUUCAAGCAUCUUUGACGGGAAGAACGCUCCAUCCUAAUACUAGUCUAUCGAAACCACAGGAA